AUGACUUUGAUGUGGUUCCUCUUUGGUCAUCUUCCAGAUCCUCCGUCCACCCAGAACAAUACUCGUGCAGACCGACCACCCCCAGAGCGUCAAGUAGCGGACACGCCACGAUUUCUCUAUCGCUCUCCCUUUCGAACCAAUCCAGAUGUUGAAUAUGAAAAGCAGCUGUCAAAUGCCCUGGAGAAAGUUGAAAAUGCCGUAUUAGAAAGCCAGGAAAACAACCAACCCGAAGAUAGAAUCUGGCAGAUUGCGAAAGAUGAAAAGCACAGGGGAGACGACUCAAGGAUCUUCCAAGGGAAAAAUAAGGAGUGGAAAUACACGUUAGUCACUGAUACAAAGGCCAUCGCGUUCGUGACCAAGGAGCUAUCUGCCAUUCCCGAAAUCGCAGCCACAUACAACUCCUACCCUCGCAAUGUCCUCCGAGCAGAUCUCCUCAGGUACCUGCUUCUCUGGUACUACGGAGGGUUCUACGCAGAUAUCGAUGUCUUCCCGGCUCAGACCAUCAAGACCUGCCCAGCACUAGAACCCUUCUUCGCAGCCGCCCCUGACGAAUACACCCAACGCAGCAACCCCGAUGUGUCCCUCGUGGUUGGAAUUGAAGUCGACGAGCCAUACGCUUCACGACAAUUCAUGCACGACUGGCACUGGACAAGGAGCUACGGGCUGAUCCAGUACACCAUGUAUGCACCGCGACGUUUCAGCCCGCUGCUCCGCGAGACCAUUGUGCGGGUCUUGGCACAUACCAGACACUACAAACGUGGUCACAGCAGCUUUUUCCCCAAUCUGGCGUAUGACGAGAAGACUAUCUUAGGGGUUACAGGACCCGAUGUCUUCACCGAUGCAAUUCUUGACAAGCUUUCUUCCUCGCUUCCUUUGACACAUCCGUUCGUUCAGCAAUCUGUCGACGCAGAUGUGGAGAUAGGGGAUCUUCUCUCUCCUGAACUCGGGGAGUUGAAGGAACGGGUAACGUGGGCUCCGUUUCAUCAACUCCGGGAUCCUGUCUGCAUCCAGGCUGGCGAGGCUGCCCCGAAUGAAUCUAUGGGUGGACUGUGUAUAUUGCCCAUCAGUGUAUGGGGGAAUGGGCAGAGACAUAGUCAGGCGGGAGGGUUUAAUCACCCUAAUGCUUGUGUCAAUCAUCGAUUUGGGCGGACAUGGAAGAAGGGGUGGUGGGAGUAUAUUUUUGGGUGA